AUGUUUUGCUCGAUACUGGUCCAUUCUCUCUUUUUUGUUCAAAUAUUUGUCAUUGUUCAAGGUUACAAUUACAAUAAAGAGUUUCAGCUGAAAAGCAAGAGGUCAGCAAACAUUGGUGAUUUCUUACGUAAAGACGAAUGGGACAUUCCUGGAAAUGACAUAUCACAUUCAUCUAUAUAUGCACCUGAUUAUGCUAGCUGUUCCGUAAAAUGUCAAGAAACUUCAGGAUGUAAGGCUUUUGCAUAUUCGCCAUCAACAGGACAAUGUUGGCCAAAAACAAGUACCGGAGAUGGUGGAAAAUCAAAUGGCGAUAGAAUUUCUGGAUAUAGUUCAAACAUGUGUGGUGGUUUCGUACGUAAAGACAAAUGGGACAUUCCUGGAAAUGACAUAUUACCUUCACCUGUAGAAGUACUCGAUUAUGCUAGCUGUUGCAUAAAAUGUCAGGCAACUUCAGGAUGUAAGGCUUUUGCAUAUUCGCCAUCAACAAACCUAUGUUGGCCGAAAAGAAGUACCGGAGAUAAUGGAUAUUCAAAUAGCGAUAGAAUUUCUGGAUACAAUGUCAACACGCUCACCUACACACAUGGAAUUUACACGUUGGCGUUUGUCGAUGAAGAUAAUAGGAUGAGUGCUACUACAAGACAGGGAAUUAUCGAUACAUUUUUUGCGUCAUACCCACAGAUGUGUGCACGAUUUAAUCCGCACUCAUGCGCGCGUAAUGUUCGGAUGACAAUUGAUCCAAACUACGAUGGAAUAGCUUAUGUAUCAUCUAACGGCAUUGUUAUCGGUCCCUGGAUAAGUAAUAGUCCAGGAGGUGAUGACGUUGUCGUACACGAAGCUAUGCAUGUAGUACAAAGUUAUCCACGUUAUGAUCCUGGCUGAGAUAUAGUCUGUAUCUUUUGGGAUUGGGCUGGAUCAGAAAAUUCAUAUUCUUAA